CUCAGUGCAUUGCCGCGGCAUGAGAUCAGUGUGAGCUCUUCCUAUUAUCACUGGUUGUCUGUCGUCGUCUGCUGCUGGCAGGAGCCCGCACACCGGAUACGUGCACCGAGAGAGACGGGGCUCUGCCCGGCGCAGGAACCAUGGACGCGGGCAUGGAGAAGGAGUGCAGCGCGCUGGGAGGACUCUUCCAAACCAUCAUGAACGAUAUGAAGGCCAGUUAUCCGACAUGGGAAGACUUCAUCAGCAAGGCUAUAAAGUUACAGUCCCAGCUAAGAACCACGACCAUUGUAACGGGAUCGUUUUUGGACGCUUUUCAGAAAAUUGCAGAUAUGGCUAUAAAUACCAGAGGAGCUACAAAAGAAAUCGGUUCUGCACUGACCAGGAUGUGUAUGAGACACAGGAACAUAGAGUCUCGGCUGAAGCACCUCACAGUAGCCCUGAGUGACAGCUUAAUAAACCCCCUAGAAGGAAAAAUUGAGGAGUGGAAGAAAAUUGCAAGCCAACUUGACAAGGACCACGCAAAAGAGUAUAAGAAGGCCCGGGCCGAGAUUAAGAAGAAAUCCUCAGAUACAAUAAAGUUGCAAAAGAAAGUGAAGAAAGGCAAAGAUGAUGCUCGGAUGCAGCUGGACAGCGUCCUGCAGGAUGUCAAUGACAAGUACAUGCUUCUAGAAGAAACCGAGAAGAAGGCUGUGUAUCGAGCACUAGUGGAGGAACGAGGGCGCUUCUGCAUGUUCGUGUCGUUUCUCAAGCCAGUCUUGGAUGAAGAGAUUGGCAUGCUGGGAGAAAUAACUCACUUACAGACCAUCCUAGAAGACCUGACAAAUCUGACAGUUGAACCAAACAAACUGCCCCCUUUGAGCGAGCAGGUGAUACACGAUCUGAAGAACUCGGAUUACAAUUUCAUUUAUCAGACCCCACCCGCCUCUCCAAGUGGAACAUUAUCACGAAAGGCCAGCACCAACAGUAAUUAUCUGCAUGGAUCCAUAAGGCAUGUCCCAUCUAUGGACUCAAUCUCAAGCUCAAUGGAAACCCUCCAUAUUCGUCAACCUUCCACCAUAAUGCUGGAGACUAUGUUCCAGGAUCCCAAAAUGGUGAACAGCAGUCCACAAGUAUCUCCCAUUAGUGGACCCAGUGGAGAGAAUGGCAGUUUCAAAUCAAAUCUGACCAACGAUGGAUUCAAGGCUCCACCACCAGUCAUGGCUAAGCCAAAACUUGCACGUGAUCACCUAGCUUUGGCUUUAAGUCAAGGCCUGAACUCCGAAAUCCAACUUAGCCGUGAUUCUUUGCAUUGCUCCAGUGGGUACAGCACACAGACUACUACCCCUUCGUGCUCCGACGACACCAUUCCCUCUCAUGCCUUAAAGAAGGAACCCUCUCUUUUUGUUGCAGACUAUGAUUAUAUCUCGCUGCAUGGAGAACAAGAAGAAACCGACCAACUGGAUUUCGACAAGUCAUCUACGAUCCCCAGAAAUAGCGACAUAAGCCAGAAUUACAGAAGAAUGUUUCAAGCCAAGAGGCCCGCGUCAACCGUCAGUCUUCUAGCGGAGCCUGACCCGCUUGUCCGAUCACCUUACGUUGCCACCAUAAAAAGGAAACCUUCCAACAAGCCAACCAUAAGGAGAGGCACGAUCAGCGGCGUUCCGAUACCUAUCCGAACUCCCGUGGUGCCAGUUAUGACCCCAACUUUACCAUAUGCUCCCGCAAACCCCUUUGGUGAGAGGACAAACAGCAAAGAUUUCUCUUCUACCCAGGAUCAUAGAUCAGAUCUCGGCCAAAUAAAGCCAGGGCUGUGUUCUUCUGCUCAAAGCCUCAACGCCAUACAAACAACAUAUUGUGCCUUUAUACCUAAGCAAUCCUUUUCCUAUUCUCAAGGGAUCAAUCCGCUGCCCUUGAACACACAGAAAGCGUUUGCAAGCAGCCCAGGACCAAUAGAUAGCACACCGACACCCGCUGCCAGUGAAGCCACCAGCGUCAGCAAUAAUGAGGCGGUCGUACACCAGGACGAUAUGCUCUCAAUGAUAAAGCGUGGAGUGAAGCUUAGAAAAACAAUCAGCAAUGAUAGAUCAGCCCCGCAGUUCAAGUGAAGCAGGUUGCCUCGCUUGCCCUUUGCUUCGGUUAAAGAGACGAUAUUUUUAUUACUAUUAUAAAGACUUUACGUUCCGAUUGUUUCUGGUCAUCGGCUCGGCUAGCUGCCAUGAUGCAGGGUUCUGUUCGCUCUCGGUCUGUACCUACAUUUAUCUUCCAGGAUUGUUUUAGUUUAUUUUUAGCCUGCUUUUUAUCUUAGUGCUAUGUAUUUUAGAGGAUUUAUUUCGCUUUGGAUCACUUUCUAGCUCUCAGGCCAGAGCCGUGAUGGCAAAGUGCCUUGACCCAGGUAGAGCAGUUUGAACACUGUUGUCUCUGCUUGAAUCUGAAUGUUUCUUUUUAGACACAAGUCGUUCCCUGGUGUCGUCUCAAGUCUUAGAGGCCAGAAGAAGUCCUGUUCCCAUCCUUGUCUUUCAUGCUUUAUUUUUUAUUUUUUGGUAGAUUUGCAGGACUGGCUUCCUGCAGCCCUCAAUGAGCAGACGUGUUGCUUUACAGUUGAGUGAUAGUAACCUCUAGAACAGUGGUCGCCAACCCCAUGCUGCACUGGCUCGUAACCCCGUGCUUUGUCAGUCCAGAGUUAAAGGGGUUGUGUCAUCUCGUACAUUGGCGGCAUAUCACUAGAAUAUGCCGCCAAUAGGUGCGGGUCCCACCUCUGGGGCACGCACCUAUCUUUAGAACAGAGCCCGCAAAGUGAAGGCGGGUGCACCACGCACACGUGGCCACCCUCCCUUCAUUUCUAUUGGAGUGCCUAUAAUGCUGGGACGGCUGUUUCCGGCAUCCACAUAGAAAAGAGUGGAGCAGUGGCGCGCUGUUUGGCUAUUUUCGGCACUCCCAUAGAAAUGAAUAGAGGGAAACUGCGCAUGUGCGGUGUGCCAUCCUUUACUUUGUGGUCUCCAUUCUAAAGAUAGGUGCACCUAUCAGACACUGAUGCCCCAAAUUUAAUAUGUGUCUCUUUUUAUGUGGCUUCCGACCAUGGCUCACAUGGUGCUAAAGGUUGGAGACUACUGCCCUAGGAUACGCCAGCGGUUACUGUAAUGCCGCCAAUAUGGGGCCGUAUUUAUCACACUUAAUCAAAAUGCAUUGUGAAUAUUGUACUUUUUUUUUUUUAUAUAUAUAUAUAAUGCCACCUUUUGUGUUGCCCACAAGUUGGAUGCCAACAUUACACUUGAAUUAGAAACUGGUUACUGUCAGAAGUAUGGGAAGUACAGUGUAUAGCCAAUUUUUCUUUGUACAGAGAUGCACCACAUUAAAGCAGAAUUAUUUAUUUAAGAGUUACUUUAUUCUUAUUUAAUAAUCAUACUGACUACUUUAAGUGAUCUUUAGGCUGCAGUGAUUGGACCUGUGGCCAGCGAGUGGCAUGGCGGCACACAGUGGUGCAGUCCAGAUAUCCCAGUGAGCUGCACUGCCCGGUGCAUGACUGUGAGCCGUGACACUAUAGACUUUCAUGUUCUAAACUAGUCUCUUCUCCAGAAAUGUAUUCUAGAGUCCGUUCACCAUUAAUGUAGUAUGGAAACGGGGGUUACAUGCAGGCUAGCUGUUUGUACGUGACUUUGUGCAUCCUUCUUGGAUAUACACAUGAUAAAGCCACCCUUACAAUAAUUCUUGUGCUGGCUGCAGACAUUAUAUAGGACUGUUCAGAAGAUGUGCUAUGCCACUCGGUUUGUGGCAUUUUGUAGCAGUAGGUGUACAUGCGAUGUGAGCUUCAGUCUGCUUGCAGAUAAGUAAGUUACUGCGGAACGGGUCAGAACCUAGGGAGAAUUCAGCACGAGUUAUGUGAUUGGGUAGAAGAGAUUGCGUAGUGGCAUUAAGUACCAGGCUGUAAUGCAAUGUAUAAAGUUGAUCUAGUGUUUGCCACCUGCUGGUCAAAACUGGCAAGUACAGAAGACCCUAAAUUGAUCUUAUUAUUAGCAUUAAAGGGAUUGUGCAAAGUUUCAAACUUAUCCAAAGAGAGUAAUCGCUAGGGUCCAACUACUAGAACCCCCUUUUAAUCAUGAGAGCGGGGGUCCCGUGUUUUCCGUGUGAAUAGAGCUGUACUCCAUUAGAGAUAGACGGAGCAGCUGUCUACACCCAACAUACUGAAGUGAACUCAUUACCGGCAUUUGCUGUGAGCUGCAAAAUCAUAAGGAUUAUAAUCACAAUAAUCUGUAUGAAUUCCUAAAGCUUAAAGGGGUUUUCCAAGUGUUUCGUGCUGAUGACCUAUCCUCUGGAUAAUACAUCAGUAUCUGAUCAGUGGGGGUCCGACACCGACACCCGGCAACCCCGCCGAUCGGCUAUUUCAAUAGGUUUCAAACUCUGGUGAGCCCUUCAUCUGUUGUAUUGUGGAUGGGCUUGAUAUUACAUCUCAGCCCCUUCGCUGGGACUAUGCUCCGCCUAAGCCAUGUGACUGAUGAGCGUGACGUCACUGACCUAGGAAUUGACAACCCCCUUAAAAAAAAAAAACACGGGCUCAUCAAAUUUUUAAGGACACUGGGAAAAAAAAGUGCCCAAUUUUUAUAAGCUGCCCACAAAUGGUUGGCACGAGGGUUAUAUUAUCACAACAUUGCAAUGGCAAAGAGUGGCACAGUCUCCGAUAUAUAGGCUCGGGUUUGUUCAGCUUGAAAAGUGACCAGGUCCCCCUCCCAAGACUAUUGGGUUUAUUAGACCUUUCAAAGCCUAUUUGGCAAUUUGCACUUAAAGGAGUUUUGCAGUGCUUAGAUAUUGAUGACCUCUACAGAUGUUUGAAGGGGUAGAGGCGCCAGUGCGAGGGCUGCUUCCGCUUCAAAAUUACCUGUGUGCCAUCUCAUUUUCAGAGGCGGCGCAGUGUGAUUACAACUGCUCGUCCCAUUCGCGUGAGCAGUUGUAAUUGCGCUGCGCUGCCUCUACAAGCGAGACAAUGUGUGGUUAUGAGGCGGAAGCAGCCCUCACACUAGAGCCGCCAUCCCUUCAAACAGCUGAUCGGCGGGUGUGCCAGAAGUCGGACCCCUGCUGAUCCUGAGCAUAGGUCAUCCAUAUCUUUGCACUGUGCAACCCCUUUAAGAAGCCAUAUAUCAGUUUAGAAGCAAUGACUAACUAUAAAUCUAUCUAUAUAUAUAUAUAUAUAUAUAUAUAUAUAUAUAUAUAUAUAUAGAUAUAUAUAUAGAUAUAUAUAUAGAAGAAUAAAUACACCGCAGCACGUCCUUAAGGUGAAAAUGUGGGAUCCUUUAUUCACCCAAGCAGCGACGUUUCGGUCCGCUUGCUGGGACCAUUUUCAUAUAUAUACUCCCAGAGCAGUUCUUUAUAAAAAUAUAUUUAAAAAACUCUGAUAUGCUUCAUCAUCUUCAAAAUAUAUUGCACUGUGAAACGUAGAGAGACCUGGGAUUAUAUUUUAGCCUUCGCAACGCAUUUUUUUCUAAUUUUAUUUUCGCAUUUUUGCUUCUCAUUAGUUCACCAUAUCCAAAGUCCCAUUGUCAUUCGGAAUAUGGCAAUCUUAUGGAAAUGAAAUUCUAACCAGUUUCAGCAGUUGCCUAUCAAUGAUUCUGCUUUGUUUCAAAAGCUUUAGACGCACCCUGCACAAUUUAACGCAACUGUGGAAGAAAAAAAAUUAAAAAGAAAGACGCUUGUGUUGAUUUUUCCCUGUCACUUGACGUUUAUAUAUUUGUACUUUGUCAAAUCGUCUUGAAUCUUGCUUUAAAAUAUAUAUAUAUUUUGUGUCUCUAAA